GAAGCAGACACAGAAAGCAGAAAGAGCACAAUAAAUCAGACAGGGAGAGAGAGAGAGUGAAGGAGGAAACAAGACAAAUCACAGACUAAGUGCAGUGCAGCUGAGGACUCAACGAAUGCUCGUCCAGCUGGCUUAAGGUCGUCCACACUCACUGUGCUGUGAACGAGUGUCUGGGCAGAAUGGAUUACAUUUUGGUCCAGCAGCCUCGGAGCAGCAGCAGCAGCAGCAGCUCUGUAGACGACCAUCCCUCCUCUUGGAUUAUUUCAGCUGCCGCUGCUGUUGUGAUGAAUGGGAAUGACAGCACACAAACAGGAAAAUGAACCUUGAUUCUCUGGAAGGCUCGAUCCAGAACUUGCUCUCGGUGCUGUACCCGCCCUUCGAGGCCACCGCCCCCACUCUUCUCAGCCAGCUCUUCCAAAUCAUUGAUGGUCGUUAUCAGGGAGACGCCCUGCGGUGCCUGCUGGAGUUCCUGGUCCCGGCCGAGCACAUCUUGAACAUUGUGCAGCAGGCUGCAUGUGAUCAGUACUCUGAUGUACUCUUCCUCUGUGAGGGCUGGCCUCUGUGUUUGCAUGACCAAGUUGUCAUCCACCUCGCUCCCCUCAACCCCCUGCUUCUUCAGCCGGGUGACUUUUACCUCCAGGUGACACCAUUUUGUGACCAGUCAGCUCGCAUUGUGGUCUCCAGCCUCCUGGAAGAGGAGGGGCUUAGAACAGAGGUAGUGGAGGAGACCCCAAUCCCUGAAACUUCCUAUCCUUGUAUAUUCAGCUGUGAUUGGUUAAAGGAGAUCAACCAGGGCCGCCAUGGAACACCUCUCGGCCAGUGCCUACUUGCCACCGAGCAGGGCGUGGUGAGGUUACCAUGGGAACGGGUGGCUCUGCCUGAUUUUGUGGGCGUGCCAGAGUGUGCUGGGAUUAGUAUGGCCUCUGUUCCUCCUUCAUAUCCUCCUCUACCACCUCCGUUUCCACUUCCUCCACCUCUUCCUCAUUUUUCUGAGAAUUCUUCAUCAAAUCGUUCAUUUCCUCCGUCUCCAGCAAAGGAAUCUGCACAGUGUAAUAUAACCAUUCAAAAUUCAGUUUUAACAAAUUCACACCCCUCUGCCUUCUCUGUGGAGACCAGAAUAUGUCCAGCCAAGCACGGCAUUGCUGUGUCACUCUGCCUGGUGGAUACUAGUGCUGCUUCUUCAGCUAGGCUGGUCAAAGAGAAAGAAACUAACACGGAGCCUAAGCCUAUAGGCUGGGUCUCCCCAAAUACAUGGGACAGCCGUUUUACAGGGACAGAUCCAAACACAGCUACAAAAACAAGCACAGUUUCAGGUACAUGCACUCCUGCAAGUACGAAUACGUGCAGAGGUGCAGAUAAGAUUCAGAUUGUUUCUGAAACUAAAGGGCAAGAUAAACAUAAAGUCACAAACCUGCAAGACUCAGGCUGCAGCGGGUCAGCAGGCCAAGCUUCUGCAGAAGGAGAAUAUAUCGAUAUACUGCAGGCAACUAUGCUUUUUGUUAAAGCUCAGUCAGUAACAGAAGAACAACAGAAAUUAGAAGUGCAAAGGCAGCCACACACAAAAACCCAAGCACAAAUCCAAAAAUAUCCACAGAAACAAGCACAAAUGCAACCACAUGCACAAAUAGAGUCAUACAGGCAAACACAAAGGCACCCAAACACACAGACAUCAGCUCAGGCACAAUCACAAACACACAGUCCUUCAAGAUCAGAGGCUCUUGUAUCAUUAACGCCCAACAUUUCCACAGAAGCAGGACCUCCAUUUGCUCUUCACCAUUCCCAGUCACACCACACUCACCACAACUCCCUUGAACCCUCUCAGUGUGUCCGCACUGUCCGCUUCUCUGAGAAACCCUGUACCCCCUGCAUGACAAGGAGACAGGGCGGGAAGGUUUCCAGAGCUCAGGAGCUGAGAUGUCGAUACAGGGACUCCUACCAGGCUGCUAUACAAAACCCUGUUACCUUUGGCCAGGAGAAGAGGGGGAAUAUGUUAGCUGUGCUGGAGGAGGAUUGUGAUUUCUCUGUGUGUGAUGACAGACAGAAGCCACCAGAGACUGAAGCAGGGGAUCCAUGGUGUAAUGUUCAAGCAAUGACACAUGAUCAUGGGAUCCAAAACCAGUCUCCUGUCCCUGUUAGUGGAACCAUCUGUAAGGAAUCAGGAGAAGCAAACACUGUUCCAUAUUGGAAACCAGGAGAUUCAAUCACUGCCCACUGUCUGGAGUACAGGGCCACAAAUCAUUUAAAAUAUGGUGGGCUACCAGAGCAGGCACCUGAAAAAACCACUGUGCCAUUCAGGGAACCAGGGGAUGCACACGCUGCCAAACCUUCUAGCUAUUUACACAGUGUGAACAGAAAAACUUCAGCAGCAGGAACGUGGAUAAACACUGAUAGAGAUUCCUCAAGCUCAAAUGAUCCUAAACAGUCAGAUGUGAUCUCUGCCAAACACCAUGGAUUACUGUUUAGUUCAAAUGAGAUUUCAGGGAUGAGCAUGACCCUCAAGCCUCGUGAAAGACUUCGAAACAGAACCACAGGGAUGAUUCCAAAGUCUCUUACAGUGCCACAAAACAGACAAGAAUGUAUGUCAGAUGGAAGAUGCUCUUCCCUCUCCACAGCAGUGGUGGACACCUCCGAGAAGUGUGCACUGGUCAUUGUUGAAGGUCAAAAUGUCAGGAGAAGAGAAAAUACUGACUCCUUAGCAGAGAUUCCCCAGCUUCAUGUGGUCAAAUGUAAAAACAGCACAGCCUUUGGACUGGUUUCACCCAAGAUCAACAGGAGGAAAAUGGUCAUUCCAGAUAGACAUAGCCGUCAGACAGAGAACCUGUCACAGACAGAUCCACCUCCAGCAGCAGACACACAGAGGAUGUCCCAGUCUGCCUCUGCUCAUCCCAGACCAGACCAUCUCCCCCUAGGAUCUCCAGACCCCAGAUCUCACCCCCUCUAUCUGGGAGUAGCAUCUCUCACAGGCGGCAGAGACAGGACAAGCAGGGCAAUAGUUGAGCUCUAUGGAGACCACGAAGGAUGGAGAUCAGCUGUAACAAGCCAGGAGCUCUUUCAGAUGCUGCUCUACUUCCACUCAAUCACCAGGAGAGAAAUCAGAGAAGCUGGGAUGACACUCAUUUUUGAUGCAAGGAAGUCACAUCCUCAACCACAGCUCUACAAGGCCUUGAUGACACUUCAGGAGCAGAGUCCCCAGGCGGUGAACACUUUGGUGCUGCUGGUGGACAAGGACUGCAGCCCCCGGCCUGAGAGAUGUCCUGGGGUCCAGACUGACUUGGUGACCACGAUGAAAGCCUUGCUGAAGCUGGUGGAGGGGAGUCAGCUGAGCUCCCGCCUGGAUGGCACACUGUCUCACAGCCACUGUGACUGGAUGGAGCUGCACCAGAAACUCUUCCCAUUUGUAUGUGAUCUUCAUGAGGCGUCCAGCCUGCUACUGAGAGCCAUCAGUAGGUUAGAGGAGCCCCAGAGGACUGACACUGUGCAGACUGUGCAGCAGUGCAUGAUGAACCAGAGGACUCUGAUGAGGGAUGUACUGGAGGACAGCAGAUUGGUCAGCCUGCAGAGAGAGGGUGGAGCUGUCCUGGCGAGGCUGAGGAAGGAGAAUGACCUCAAGUAUCCCCACUGUGAGGACCUCAGUGAUGCAGUGGACUCAGUGACCCGCCUGUACAACCUGGUGGAGGAGCAGGCUCACGUCCUCGUACAGAGGUCCAACCAGUCGCUGGAACACCUGGAGUACCUGCUGCAGCUCAGAGAGAUGGAAGGAUACUUCACCCAGAUGCAGCAGUGGUUUAAUGUAGAAGGAGAGCGCCACCUGCUGGAGGCAGAAUCAGUCGAAGACUCUGGAGACAGAAUGGAGCAGAUCCUAAACAGCUUCACUGGUUUCCUUAUUGAAGCUAAUGACCGAAGACACCACUCCUUGUCACUCGUGUCAGAGGCAGAGAAGCUCCAGCGGAGCGGGCUCUCCUAUCCAGAGACAGACACAUUCUGGACUCUUGCCUGCACCUUCAAGUCAGGCCUGGAGGACUUCCUGUGCAGGGCAGAGGCCUGUGGCAGAGAGCUGCAGAUCAUGGUCAACGUGUGUGAUUUUUGUGAGCAGGCUGUGGCUCUGGCCAGUGAAUGCACUGAUUACCUGGACCAGAGUCAAUCAAACAUUCAGCCAAUACAACAGCAAAUCCAAGACUCUGGACCGAGAACCCCCUCCCUUUGCCAGUCUGACCCCCCCACAGCUCAGGGCUCUGGUCCAACCACCACCAGUGCUUCACUGUCGGGCAGUGACAGCUCCAUCCUUCAGACUUUCCAAGACAGGUUCCUCCAGUUUAACCCAGAGAAAUUUCAGGAGGUGAAGGCAGAGGCCAGCGCUCUGCGGGGCUCCAGGGGGAUGGGAGUCUGGAACGUGGCCUGGCUGAGAUGUCAGGAGGCCAGACAGCAGCUUCAGGAGAGGAUGCAGGAUGUAGGUGGAGUUCACCACCAAAAGCCAGAUUCUAGCAGCUGGUGUGAAGGUCAUUAUGUAGAUGUGGUGAGCACUAAUAUUCAGACAGCAUCACCCGGUGGCCAGUGUCUGGUGGUACAAUCGACCCCCGGGCCUCGGCACCCACAGUGGGAGGGCAUCAUGUCAGGAGCGGUGGAUUUAGGGAAGAGGAAGCCGAUUCUGGGCAUGAACAGGACUAAUUCAACAAAUGUAGUCGGCUGUAACAUCAUCAUCAAACCUGAGGAUCAUGGUGAUGCUGGAACCAGUCAGGAGUCAAAGGUCACUCCACAGUCACCUCACAGAUCAUCAAGGAAAACAGAAAGAGAGACGAGGAGGAGACAGGCGAGCAGAGCCAGGAGUGAGCGAGACGCCGCUGCUCUGUCGCAGUCCCACACUGUCGGAUGCCAAUGGUUUCCAUGGGGACGAGGUCUCAGAGCGAGGUCAGUGAGCCAAGACUCAUGCGCCAUAGGAGCAGCGACAGCAGGGUCAUCCGCUCCUCGAGAGAAGCGGGUUCAAACCCCGUCGUCCUGCACCCACCACGGUCAGCCGUCUUGUUGGAUUCUCAAGGAGGCACAGAAGUUCCAGAUCUCCCGCCAUGGGAGCUUUUGCUCAGAGGACUCCUGCAUGAGCGACCGGGGCGCCGCAGGGGGUGAUGGGACUCUGUGCUGCAAGCAUUCCAGCCUGCCCAUUGGGAGAUAUGAGGGAGAUUUUUGUUUGGCAAAUCCACAGGAGAGUGGCAGCAAUGCCCUGAGACUGCAGCGUGUCCUGGAGGAGCUGGUGUUCACAGAGAGGGAGUACGUUCGCUCGCUGGGCUACAUCAUCACCCACUACCUCCCUCUGCUGGACAGACCGGACAUCCCCCAGGACCUCAGGGGCAAGCGAGGAGUCAUCUUUGGAAACCUGGAGAAGCUUUAUGACUUCCACAGCCACUACUUCCUGCCAGAGCUGGAGGCCUGCCAGAGGGAGCCUGCCAUGGUGGCCCGCUGCUUUCUCAGACAUAGUGAGAGUUUUGGCCUGUACGCUCUGUACAGUAAGAACAAACCUCAGUCAGAUGCCCUCAUCCUGCACCGUCGCCAUGACAUCUUUAAGAAAAAGCAGCAGGAGCUGGGGGACAUGAUGGACCUUUCAUCCUAUUUGCUGAGGCCCAUCCAGAGGAUCAGCAAGUACAGCCUCCUGUUACAGGACAUGUUGGCUCUGGCCGGCUCAUACAGGCCAAAAGACAUGAUUCAGGAUACACUGCUCGCAACAAGUGUGUGCGCACAAAGUGCAUGUGGCCCGGGUGUGCAUGUGCCUGAUCUGACGAGCAUUGAGAGGGAGCGGGAGAGAACUGAGAUCCAGGCUGCUGCAGACCUGGUUCGAUUUCAGAUGCGCCAUGGCAACGAUUUGCUCACCAUGGACGCCAUCCAGGACUGUGAUGUGAAUUUAACAGAGCAGGGCCAGCUGAUCCGCCAGGAUGAGUUCACAGUCUUCUUUAGAAAGAAGAGAUGUGUCCGCCGCAUCUUUCUCUUUGAAGAUCUGAUCCUCUUCAGCAAGACCAAGAGGACAGAUGUUGGCAAUGAUGUUUAUGUCUACAAGCAGUCAUUCAAGACGAGUGACAUUGGGAUGACCCAUUCCUCUGGUGUGAGUGGCCUGUGUUUUGAGAUCUGGUUCCGCAGGAGGAAGAGCGAGGAUACCUACACCCUGAAGGCCUCCAGCAUGGAGGUGAAGAAAGCCUGGACCACCGAUCUAGAGAGGAUCCUGUGGGAUCAGGCCGCUCACAGUAGAGAGCUACGUAUGCAGGAAAGGGUGUUCAUGGGAAUGGGCUGCAAACCUUUCAUGGACAUUCAACCCAGUGAUGCUGCGAUUUGUGACAGAGCUGUGAGCUGUGUCCUGCCUGGGAGGAUCCCUGUGGCAUGUUGUUCACACAGGGGCUUAGACUAUCCACGACCACACUCUAUUGGCUCUGGUAGCACGGCUUCCACCACCCUCAGCCAAUCAUCUUCCUCCUCUGGCCGGGGCUCACUGCCCCCUGCUGGUUAUCCCGGGAACCAUUCGCAGGGAGUGGAGACCGCUCCUCCCGCCUGCUCCUCCCCUGAGGCUGUGACUGACAACGAGCUCAACAACCAUCAUCUUCAUCAGCAUCAUCUUCAUCGUAACUGUGAACAGUGGAAAACUCUGACAGACAGCACUGAAUCAUCUGGGGAAUGCAUCAACUACUUCAGCAGUUCAGACCACAGCUGUCUGUCUGCCAUUGGUGGAGAGGUAGUGGACAGCUCCUCUUCAUUUAUAUCCCAGAGUUCAAAGCCCCGCCCGCCACCGUGUCGGACCCCCAGCCAGAGGAGAAACAGCUCGCCAGUCAUUAUCAAAAAGAAAGCGGGUGCCGCCCCAGGACCUCCACAUCUGGCUCAUGCUCAGAGUGAUGAAAUUAUAAUCGCAAAAUCAACAGAAGUUUAACCCUGGAUUCCCUGCAGAAGAUUAUUGGCCAGUUGAAGCUGUUUGGUCCAGCUGGAGAGUUCCUGGUCGCCGUGUGACAGACAGGCAACACAGUCAUGUGGCAACGCAAUCAUGAGGCACUAAGCUUGUCUGGUCAAAAGGCCUGGUUUGCAUGUCAUUGCAACACAAUAAUACAAUGACAAUAGCAAUGGCAAUAUUAACCCACAAAUAAUAGCCACAAUAUGUGACUUUGUUCUUUGAUCUUCAUCCCUGACCAUGUUUUUAUUUGAAUAUAGAACCAAGCAUCAGCUGCUAUCACAAUGCAUUCAAUAUAUGAUGAAGAACAUAGUUUAUUUGACGUCCUGAGCACAAGUAGCCCAAAAUGGGAAUCGGUAUUAAUUUAUCAUCAACAACAAAAAUGUUUCACCCUCAUGAAAAAAGAGGUUUUUUUUUCUUUACUGUGAUGAGUGAACUACUUAUGUUUUUAAUGCUUGACUGACUCAUGACUCUUGACACUGAUUCAUAUGUACUGGCUAUAGUCAGAGAACACGUUCUUUGCAGAAUGCAUUUAGUAAUGAGUAGCAGGUAUCUGUGUCCUUCUACAGUAACAGAAUAAUGCCACAGGAUCUCCUGUGCUGUACAACCUGUACAAUUAUUGGUAUGCAGGGAUCAAAGAGGAGAAGGAUGUAUUUACUACUGUGGUGGAAAUCAACAGUUUGUGUGGAACAGAGAUGCAGGACCAGCAUCUGUAUUUGAGAGCAUACAUAUGGGAGACCACCAGUCCUGAGACAGAAGUAAAGUGUCUCUCUGUGUUACAUGCUCUGUUUCAUUUGCCAGCUUAAGAAACAAUUGUAACGUGGUGGUCUAAGCAGGCGCCCCAUGUGUAGAGGCCACAGUCCUCACUGCAGUCGGCCCCGGCUCGAAUCCCACAUCAGACGGCCCUUCGCUGCACAUCAUUCCCCCUCUCUCUGCCUCCCCAUUUCCUGUCUCUCUCCACUAUACUGUCCAAUAAAGGCAUAAAAAGCCCAAAAAAUAUACUUAAAAAAAAAAAAAAAGAAACAAUUGUAUCACUCUUCUCUUGACAGCUGGAUUAUAUUGUUUUGGCUUGUUCUGUACAAGAUGACAGGACAAACUCAACAGUGUCCAAGAUAUAAUUAAUGGCCAGAGCUAUCCACUGGCCACGAGCCCGGGGCGAGCUGCAGGACCACGCUGACAGUCGAAGACUAUAAAUGGAGAAACGUGGAUAUGUGAGCAAAUAUGGAAAAGUAAAAACAAUUUGAUGACUGCUGUCUUUUGUCUCUCACUGAGAUUCUAUGUUUAAUCAUUGAUCAGGAGGGACAGACCACUGGCUAAUGUUUUCACAUCUGGAUUUGAAGUAUUCUGUAAUCACCGGGGAGGUGCACGUUAUAAUCCUUCUGCCUACUUACAGAUAUAGUAUCACUACAUACUUAAAGACAAAAACCACUUCCUGGUAUUUAGGGGCCAAUAAUGGUUCCAUACUUAUCAAUGUUCCACCUGAACCUACAUGAACUUGACAAUUACAAAAAAGUAUUUUUCUGAUUAUAUUAAAUGCUUUUUAAUGUAUUUUUAUGUUUAAGAAGUUAUUGAUGAAAACUGUCAUUAUUGUUAUUGUCCAUGUGAAAUGUACAGUAUUCAAAUGAUGACAGGAUCGAUAACUUUUAGGCUGUGAUGUCGAUUUUUAUUUAUUUUCUUAAAACCACUGACUUUCUAUGACA